GGUUAUGAAGCUUAUUCUUUUUCAUUUCUUUAGAAGUACUCAAAUGCGUAGUAUAUGAGUUUUCUACUCUUUGCAUGCUACUGUAUUGUGGACUAGAAUAUGUGAGACCAAUAAUUGUUCAUUAUAGCUCAAAAUAUUAUUCGCAAUUUAGACUACAGUACCGGCCGCUUUAUUAUUUUUUUGUGUGCACUUAUCAUCUUUUGAUUUGACCUACAAUGCCCUUAUAUCAGAACGUGGCAUGUAUAUCGCUUGCUACAGACUAUCCCAUUCCUCUUUGAAGUUACUAGAGAUAAGCUUACCCAAUAAGGGUGCAUACGAUUUACACCAUUCACAUGUUCAACCGCAUAGUUAUCUAUCUAUCGAUUUUUUUCUCACUGAGUACUGAAAGAACGGAGGAUUUAAUGGGGGGAUACCAUCUUUUUGCAUCAGAAUUGUAUGCUCAGAACCCAAUAUUAAUCAUUGAAUCCACAUAUAUUAUUGAUACUUCUGUGUGUUUAGAUGUCAACACAAUGUUUCUACAUUUCAAAACUGCGUUUGCCCUCUUUCUUUACGACAAUCUAACUAGAUGGAUAAAUGAUUAUCCCAUUAAUCUAAUAUAUAUAUAUAUAUAUAUGUCAUCACCUGUAGAAUUCAUCUCUACGUCCCUUGUUCUUUUUUUUCUUUGA